ACUGACAUAACCUUAAAUGUACUACCUAACGUUCGUAUCAAUUGCUGAUAGAUAUGUAAAAAUAGGAUAGAUACAAUAGGAUAGUUCACGUCACCCACUGCCAAAUAGUGCUGGAAAAGUGUGAAAUGUCAGCAAGUCAUUAUGAUUUAUAAAAAUCAAGUUUUAAAAAUUGCUAUUUACUCUCGGGCCCUUGUAUUUAUAACACAAUACAUUUUUAAUCAUCUAAUUGAAGAUCAUCAGCCAGAUGUGUUCAGAUAUGCAACGGAAGAGAAAAAAUCACUCUGCGACAAAGUUGUUCAACACUUCCUGGGAGGUUUUCUUCGUUGGGAUGCCCAAUACUAUAUGCACAUAGCAAAAAAUGGAUACACAUAUGAGAAUUCUAUAGCAUUUCCACCCCUGUACCCAGUAAUUGUAAGACUGAUUGCAAUAUUUCUGCAAAAUUUUAUUACAUGUGUUAAUUUUGAUUCCUUGUUGCUUUUAAUAUUCUUUAUAUUUAACAGUAUUAUAUUUAUAAAGGCAGCAACUACUUUGUAUGAGUUAUCAGAGAUAUUAUUAUAUCCGAGCAUUGCAUAUAAAUCAGCUGUAUUGUUUAGUUUUAAUCCUGCUUCUGUAUUUUUUUCAGCUCCAUAUACUGAAACUCUAUUUUCAUACUUAACAUUCAAGAGUAUUUUGAAUUGUUUGCAAUUUUAUCGCAAAUAUUCUGAUAAAACUACAGUUGCAAAUUUCAAUGACUUAUUUUUUAUUUUACCAAUUAGUUUAAGUACUUGUACAAGAUCUAAUGGAGUAUUGAACACUGGCUUUUUUAUUUAUAUGUUAAUUUGUUUAUUUAUUGACAAUUUUCCUAAAAAUCAUAUAAUGCAGUUCAUUUUUAUAAUUAAGUAUUUGUUGCUAAUGUUUAUGUACAUUUUGCUGAGUUUACUACCAUUUUUAUUAUAUCAACAAUUUUGUUUUGAUACAUUCUGUAAGGACUUCAAUGUAGUAUUACCUGAGUAUGUUAAAAAUUAUGGUAACGAACAGGGAUUUGUUUUACCAGGAGAGCAUUCUAAACAUAAUCAGAGUUGGUGUGCCAAAGAAAUACCGGUAGCAUAUUCUUAUGUUCAAGAACAUUAUUGGAAUGUAGGAUUUUUAAGAUACUACGAAUUUAAACAGAUACCUAAUUUUGUAUUGGCAACACCAAUUUUAGCUCUUGUCAUUUGUAACUGUUUACUUUAUUUAAAAAGAAAUUGUUCAAGAAACGUUCUUCAUUUGUUUUCAUUUAAAAGAUUAUAUGAAAAAUCUAAAAAUUUCAAUAUUCUGUAUGAAUCCACAUUGUUCGUUUUCGUUAUUCAUGCUUUUGCCUUUUCUUUAUUUUGUCUUCUUUUCGUUCACAUCCAAGUUUCAACAAGAAUGUUAUGUUCAUCAACCCCAUUCGUAUAUUGGAUUAGUGCUUUUCACUUACAAAAUACCAACUUUAAAAAUGACGUAUUAAAAUCAUUUUUCUUUGGGAAAUUUUCAUCAAACUUGGAAAAGUUUAUUAAACUGUACUUUAUGUCGUACUUUUUUAUUGGAACUAUUUUAUUUUGUAAUUAUUUACCAUUUACAUAAUAUAAUGUUAUUAAUAUAAAAUUUAUACAUA